AUGGAAAUCUCCAAGAACAAGCUAAUAAUAAGUUUUGACCACCCAAGCUUUAGUCUUCAUGGGCAAUUUCGAUUACUUUCAGUGUCAUCCUCUGAUCAAACCAGUGAAUCUGAGAACAUAGCUAUUGGUAAGUCUGGCUCAAAUGUGAAUGCAAAGCAAAUUUCAGGAAUUAUUGAGCUCAUUAGGAGUGGUGAGGAUGACUUGGAGUUGAAGUUAAAUUUGAUGGGUUUAGGUCUUUCGGUUGAUUCCUUAAUUGGGAUUUUUCGUUUUUUGAAUUGUGAAAGAAUAUCGGCUUUGCGUUUCUUUGUUUGGGUUCGAGAUAGGAAUCCAAGUCUGUACAAGAAUUCUGAUGUUUGUAGUUUAAUUAUUGAUAACUGUGGUUGGUUGGAUGAUUAUGAGACGAUGCUUUGCUUGUUGAGGGAGUUUAGAUCGGAUUGUAUUUGCCUUAACGAGAAGGCUUUUGGAUUUCUACCCGUUUUGAGUUCGAGCAAUGAUUCAAUCAUGAAAUCUAUAAGAAGAGUGGUAGAGCUGUUACAUGAAGCUGGGGGCUCAUGUCGUGGUUCUGGCAUUUGUGGGUUGCUUACGAUGCUUUCUACGCUGGACUUAUUUGAAAUGGCUAAAUUUGUCAUAGAAAUAACGGAGAAAAAGGCGUCUUACUACAGUAUUUUAAUUCUCGAAAAGUGUCGGAGAUGCUGUUUUAGUGAAGCAUGUGACCUGCUUGAAGAGAUGAGACAAUUUAGUUGCGACCCAGAUGCCAAAACUUACAACUAUCUGCUUAGUGCUUUAUGCAAGCACGAUAGAAUAGCUGAAGCUUGCGGUGUGCUUGAAGAAAUGAAAAAGAAGGGUUGUCCUCCUGAUGCAAUAACCUUUGAAAUAUUAAUCUAUUUCUCAUGUAGGCUUGGCCAGUUGGAUGCUGCAAUUCAAUUUUUUGAUCAAAUGGUGUCUAUGGGUCUUGAACCUCGGCUUACAACACAUGCUGCCUUUAUCAAGGGUUUUUUCCAUUCAAGGCAAUAUGACAAGGCAUACAAUUAUGUUGUAGAUUCAGGUGUCAAGUAUAAGGACUCAGGCAAUAUGAUUUACAGUUUACUUGCAAGACUUCAUCACAGAAAUGGAAAUCUUAUCACUGCUGGAAACAUUCUUAUUGAAAUGAUGGAUAAGGGUCUCAUUCCAUUCUUUCCGGAUUAUAUAAAAAUUAUGAAGCAGCUUUACAGGUCUGGCCGGACACAAUUAGCUGGAGAUUUAAAGCGCAAGUUCUCUAGGUUGAGAUCAGAGUCAGGUUCUCUAGGUGGAGAGUUAAUUGAUUGUGAGAAUCCGUGA